AUGUGCAGAUCCGAGUGCGCCUUCCUCCAAUCUAGCAAUCCAUGGGUCUCUCAUCGACGUUUCCUUGACAUCAGAGGCCUCGGGUCGCUUCUCUACAUCACAGGUCGACCAAUACUUCCUGGAGUGGUUCUGGAUCUGCAGCAGCUGCUUGAGACCACUAGCUCCAACCGGCGCGAGAAGAGGGAGCAGUACUUCGAUCCACAGCUAGAAGACCUCCUUCAGCGGGCUGCCAAGCAGAAUCUCUACAUCAAGGAACAUAGGGGGGAGCACACCAUGGAGAGUUGUCAGUUGCAGAACACCAUAGAGAGUUAUCAGUUGCAGAAGGAAUCAAAGUCUAACAAAGAGCUCGAGGUAUGGCACAACAAGGACAUCCAGAUCCUAGCCGGCAUCAGCAGCAGCGACAAGCUUGUCCAAGACAGGAGUGCACUCUCACAGAGUCAACAAGAAACUCAGUUUGGCGAGACAUGGGUCCAGGAUCCAUUGGUAGAAGAUCUCCUCAAUAGGCCACUCGGUUGCGAUGAAGUCCUGCUAAAUCCACCAUCCAAGCUGCAAUGUUUGGAUCCUGCAUCUUGUGUUGAAGAAGAUCCUCACCAAGCACCAAGCAGACUUUCAUACCAAGAUAAGGGGAAGUGGAAAGAAUCAAACCUGAACAGCAAGAGGCAUCCAAUCUACAUUACUACAUUCAGGGAAAGGAAGUGCAGCAGUGCUUACAGAAGCUAUGGUGAGCGACAAAGGGCUACUACUAGGAUAUCUCAGUUCUUCGGCGAGAGUUCACGUGCUGCUGCUAAAAAAGGCUUCCAAGGUCUAAUGACAGACACGUCCCACGGCCUGAUGCAUCCAAGGGUCGCUAGUAGGUGGGGAGCAGUCAACAACCAGACCAAUAUGACAUCCCAAAUCAUGGGGGACAAGGCAAAACUAAUCAUCGAAGAUAACAGCUACAACCUCAUGGAGAACUCUUUCACUACACUUGCCCAUGGACCAAGCAUUUAUUCUAGCGAUCCCAUGUUUUUUGAGUCGCUCAUCACUAGGACACCAAUAAUUAAUCCACAACCUCUCCUGAUGUCUCCGACUAGAUCUUCUGGAAAAAAGCUCCGGGCGAUGUUUGAUGCUGCAGCUAGUCAGGACAGGACCUUACUAUCGAACCAAUCAACGGAUAUAGAAGGGCUUGUGGCUGAUGUUGAUACACCACACCACUAUGAUGAGACCAUCUUGGAGAAGCCUAAGGAAAAUAACAACUCAGUUUCCCCAACAACCCUGGAAGUCAUUGACCCAGUGAACUCAGAAGAUGCAGGCGCUGAACCAUUGUGCCACACAGAUAAUGCAACAAAUGCUGAAUCACAGAUUGAUAGCACCAACUCCAACACUGCUUUAGAUCAAUUCCUCAUCAGCAUCACAACUCCACUACCACAGCCUUUACUGGCUUCACACCCCACACUGAAAGAACACCACACUCCACCUGAAGUUGAAACCCCACCAUGUCGUGCAAGUUCGCUACCUAACACCACCAGGGAUCAAACUCACAGCUUGCAUAGUGAGCAACGAAAAAGUAGUCGGCUAGCUGAUAAAGCCAAGGAAACACAAGGAAAAAGGUAUGUCCAAUUGGCACAAGAGGUUCUUGCAAAGAAAUUAGGCAAUCUGUCACCUCCCACAAAAAUCAGCGCGUCUGAUCUGUUCAACAGCUUUGCACAACAUCUUGAACAGCCCUUGACCAAGCAAAACAUGGAAGCAUUAACAGUUCUGGUUGAUCAUGGUAUACACCCAAAGAAGAAAAAGGGAAGAACCUCCAAGGUGACACCGAUAGUGCAUCUACCUGCAUGA